UCCGGUGGCGUGGCGUGCCGUCGCAAAAGUUCGCGAACUUAAUGCGACAUAGCUCGCUCGUGGGAUUAUUCGCCAGCUACCACAAAGGCCGCUUAAUGCCCGUAAGAGUUCGCUCGUCGAAACUAUGCUUUCUUGCAGCAGCAUCAUGUCUAAUCGUGGUAGUGCACUUGCCUCAAGUGAAAACACCGCCUUGGAGAAACAUCGAAGCUGACAAGUCAUCCACCGUUGUCAAGGACGACAACGACGCUAGGAGAGCGAGAAUCAAGUCGGUGUGCGAGAGGCACCGUUCCUACCUGCCGCUGCAGCGCCCUACUCCUGGUAUUGGCGUGAACCUGCCUUCUCCUAGUCGACGCACCGUGCAGUGCGACUCGAGCCAGUGCCCGCUGUUCGUGGACGACUCGCGUUCGCUGGCCUUCUGCUUUAUCGCCAAGGUGGCGUCGACCAGCUUGAAAGGCAUUUUCGCGCCCCUUCUCAACGUCACCGUUGACGGAAACGGCACCGACGCCCUGCACUGGUCUUUCCGCUACCAGACUCUCCGGUUUGGUCCCAGAACGCUGCUGCAGGGAAACCGAAGCCAUUACACGAAGGCGCUGUUCGUGAGGCAUCCGUUCGAGCGCCUCGUGUCCACCUACAUCGACAAGGCGCUCAGGGGCCCCGAGGAGAUGGCGUGGGCCUACAAACUCCACUGGUACAAGAUCCCCGGAGUGUAUGCCAAGCGGCGCAGCCCGACGUUCUCUGAGUUCGUGGAAUACGUGCUGGCGACGACUGCGGAGAACGCGGACGAGCACUGGUAUCCGUAUUACGCGCUGUGCCAGCCCUGCCUCCUGGACUACGACUUCGUCGGCAAGCUAGAGACAGCGGGCAGGGACUUCCCGCUGUUCUUCUCGCUCGUGGACAUCGGAGGGAAGGCGGACGUUCUCGCUCACGACAACACACGGCACGAAGUGCGCGGGAUUAGCGCGACAGACACGGAGUACUACUUCAAGCAGCUGUCGUUCCACCAGGUCAUGAGACUGUACGCCUGGUACUUUUACGACUUCGAGCUGUUCGGCUACGACUUCAGGGAAUAUCUACCGUAGCCUAUAAGGAAGGGAGGAAAAGAACGAAGGGAAGAAAGGAAAACCACGCGGACAGGUGGAUGGACAAGCAAACAGGCAGAUUAAACGCGACGUUCAUGUGCAGGAUAACAAUCGAGGUUAUAACUGUAGGGGCAAGCGCUAACUCUAGGACGUGUUGUGGCUGCGCGGAGAGUGUGUAUCGCAUCCCACACUAUCAAUUUUUUAAUUCACGUCUUCACCAGGAGCACGGCUAUUAAAUGAUAUGCACAGUAAACACGUGCUAUACGUGCGUUUAAUUUAUAGCCCGGUUGGCUGGAAAUCAUCGAGAAAGCG